AUGACUAUUGACAAGAUUCUUCGAUCCAAGAAAUCGCUAGAGUCAGUAAGAAAAUGGUGGAUUAAUAAACCAAAGGAAAUUGUUCCACCGUCGUCCGAUCUUCUUUUGAAUACUCCAGCCGUUGAAUUGAGUCGACAAAUUAGAGAAGGAACGGUAGGAAUGACGUUACAUAACAUUGGGUAAUUUUAUAUUCGUAUUUCAGUUGAGAUCUUCGACUUUGGUUGAGACGAUGAUACACAGAUGUAAAGAAGUAAAUCCCCAAAUUAACGCGAUCGUUGAGUUAUUUGAAGAAGACGCCCUUAGGACAGCCAGAGAAAUUGAUGAUUAUUUGGCCGUACUGGACAAAAACACCGCUGAAUUUGCCGAAUUGGAAGUUAAAAAACCGCUGCUGGGUGUCCCAUUUACAAUUAAAAAUAGUUUUGCGGUAAAAGGAAAGAAUCUUUAUUGUGGACUUGAAUAUCGGCUAGACGAGCCUCCUUGUGACAGUGAUGCCAGUAUUGUAGAAAGGUAUUACGAUUUUUAUAACAUUUUCGGCCUAGGCUUCGGAGAUCAGGAUCCUUUCCUCUAGCCUACACCAAUGUCCCUGAAAGUGUAAUUGCCUGGGAAUCGGACAAUUCUAUCACUGGAAGAACGUCCUCCCCGUAUGAUCUGCGAUGCACGUGUGGAGGAUCUUCUGGUGGGGAGGGAGCUUUGAUUGCAGCACACGGAUCGGUGAUGGGGAUUGGAUCUGAUAUCGCGGGAUCCAUUCGGAUGCCCGCUCUUCUGAAUGGACUCUAUGGGAUCAGACCUUGGGUGGAGACGAUCCCUGGCCAUGGUCAUUGGCCCAGAGCCACUCCAGGUCCGGUCGCUGGACUAACUGGAUACGGGCCUAUCUGCCGGUUUGCAGAGGAUAUUCCUGUUAUGUUUGAUGUAAGAUGACAAUCAGUCGAUAAAUAUGAGAUUUUAGAGUAUUGCUGAGAUCAAAGCUCCUUCGGACUUUAAAUCAAGAUCUCCAAAAAGGCUGAUCGUUUGUUCUGGACUGGAUUCUGAGUAUGCUCAGCCAUGUGAUCGGGACCAAAUUAAAGCGAUGAAUAAAGUUGCGGAGUUUAUUUCCAAACAUUACAAUCUCAAACCUCAGGAUUACACAAUGCCUCCAUCGAGAGAUCUGGUCAGAAUGUAUCAGAAUACCCUCUAUCCAGAAAUGUUUUUGGACGCGCUUUUAGGAGUAAGUAUUAGAACGAACGACUACUAUCGUAUAGGUAUCCGGUGGAGAUUAUGAAGAAGCGAUGCUCCAUUCAGCUCUUGGAUUGUCCAAAAUUAAAUUGACAGCUAUAAUGUUAGCCCAUCAAUUAUCAAUUCCGGUGCCCGAGGGUGAAAAACAAUAUUGGACGAACGCCAAAGAUAAAUUCAUCGAUGAAUUUUAUAAGGCAAGCUCUUACUCGUUUGAAUUACUACAGUUUUUUCUUGAAAAGAACUUUAAUUCAUAUGACUUCAGUUAGUGGACAACGACACUGUUUUUGUCUUCCCCGCCUUUCCGAAGACCCAUUAUUUCCACGGAGAGCCAAUCCCGGCUGUUUGGGAUACCUUUUACACCGCUGUUUUUAAUCUCCUGGGAGCCCCAGCAAUGGUUGUGCCGAUGGGAUUGGAUAAGGAUGGAUAUCCACGGAGUGUUCAGCUGGUUACGGCUCCCAACAAUGACUACCUCCUCUGCAAAGUCGCUUUGGAUCUCAGCAAGAAAUUUGGAGGAUGGACCCCACCUCGAGUUUAG